UCUAUGUAGCACCUCUUGUUGUGAUUGGUACUUGUCAUAUUAAAAGUAAAAGAUGAUGGAUCCGCUUCGGUUUUAUUUUUUGACGUAACAUGUCCGCAGAUGACCUACGGUCAUACCGAUAGACAUUUUAAUUAAUCUGUAUUUUUAUGGAUGUCUGCGGUUACAUUUCUCCCUCCGAGAGACAAAGUAACAUUUCUACAGUCAACGAUCGCAAUGGACCGAGCUGAGAGUUUAAAUUCUGACCCUGUCAUUGCAACAACGGACGGUGAAGGUCGUGUACAGCGAUGGAGGAAUUGGAUUGGGUUUUGGUUGUUAGGGCUUUGUAAUAACUUCGCAUAUGUGGUAAUGCUGAGUGCUGCACAUGACAUCUUAAAAAAACAGGAAUCUCAAAACACAACAACACCCACUGUGAAUUAUGUAGAGAUCAAGAACAGCAGCAACAGCAGCAGUGGUGGCUAUGACUGCAAUCCUGUGUCCACUGCAGCUGUGCUGUUGGCUGAUAUUCUCCCCACCCUCAUAAUCAAACUCACAGCACCUUUUUAUAUACACAAAGUGCCUUAUGGCUUCCGUGUCUUGGUGUGUUUCUUCACGGCAGUGCUGAGCUUUCUGCUGGUGUCGUUCUCUUCAACCAUAUUGAUGAGCAUUUUUGGUGUUGUCUUUGCCAGUGUUAGUUCAGGAUUGGGGGAGCUUUCCUUUCUUUCCCUCUCCGUGUUUUUCAGCAGAGAUGUGUUAAGUGGCUGGGGGUCUGGCACAGGAGCAGCAGGGGUUGCUGGAGCAUUCCUCUACUCUGCCUUCACACAAGCUGGUCUGACGCCCCAAGUUACACUUUGGAUUAUGCUGGUUGUCCCCGUUAUUUUAGCAGUUAGCUAUUUCUGUCUACUGGUGUUUCCAGACUCAUUUCCACAGUGGGCACGUAGCGAAACUGGUCACAGUCCUUCCACAGUUGAGAACUUUGAGGAGAGACGGGCUUUAAUUGUGGAGGAGGAGGAUUUAGAAACUGAGGUGGAACAAGAAGACAAGCACAUCACUCCCCUCACCUUCACUGACAAGCUGUACAUAAUAAAAGGUCUUAUGAGGUUUAUUGUACCACUCGGUUUGGUUUACUUUGCAGAGUAUUUCAUUAACCAAGGACUGAUGGAGCUGCUCUACUUCCCUACCUCUCAUCUCUCACAUGCAGAACAGUAUCGCUGGUAUCAGACACUCUACCAGUGUGGCGUAUUUCUUUCCCGCACUUCUCUUGUCUGUUUUAAGUUCAGAAAGAUCUUGGUACUUUGUGUCUUACAGUGUUUGAAUGCUGUACUGUUGAUUGUGGCAGUGUACUACCAGUUUUUGCCAAACCCAUGGGUGGUCUUUAUUAUUAUCCUCUAUGAGGGUCUGUUGGGAGGUGCAGCUUAUGUAAACACCUUCUAUUUCAUCAGCAAGGAGACCGGUGACCGUGAGAGAGAGUUUGCUAUGGCUGCAGCAAGUGUAGGAGACAGUCUGGGAAUCGCUCUUUCUACUGCUGCUGCUUUCCCUGUUCACCAUUACUUCUGCUCAUUAUGAGAGAAUGUGAAAGAGAGAGAUGUUGUGAUAAACCUUUUUGCUUGGAAAGUCUGUUUGUGUCUGUGUUUAUAACUGUCAUAAUGAUCACUCUGUAUAUAAUUUUAAACAUGCUGACUUAAUAAAAUCCUGCUAAAAAGAUUACUUCAUAGGCAUAAUAAUGUAUAAUGAUUUGUCAUUUACAUAAUUUUAAACUCAAAAUCCUGGCUUAUAUAGAUGUAAAUGAUUUCUGAAAUAAAUUUUUUAUAAUA